UCCGCGUCACAAAAUGGCUUGGAACACAAAAUGGCGUCUCACCUUUUUCGUAUGUCUGCUUUACCAAGUGUACUACGUGUCGUCAUCACAGGAAGUCAUGAAGAAAUUGACAACCGGUUUCGCGAAAGCCUUAGAUCAGUGUAAAGAAGAGCUGGGUCUAGGCGAUCACAUAAUUCAAGACUUCUUCAACUACUGGCGAGAGGAAUACGAGCUGGUGAACAGGGACAUGGGCUGUGCCAUCAUGUGUAUGGCGUCUAAGCUCGACCUGAUCACAGAUGAUAUGAAGAUCCAUCACGGAAACGCUCAUGAGUUUGCUAAGAGUCACGGAGCAGAUGACGACAUGGCCAAGCAGCUGGUCAACAUCAUUCAUGAAUGCGAGAAGGUUCACGUCGGGGUCGUAGACGAUUGCAUGAAGACUUUGGAAAUCGCUAAAUGUUUCCGAACUAAGAUACAUGACCUCAAAUGGGCGCCCUCCAUGGAGACCAUCCUUGAAGAGAUAAUGACCGAAGUAUAAAGGAAUCAAUAAAUGACUGGAGACGUUUGAACUUCUUUCUCUCCUCUGAAUUUAAUAUCAUAGACUUUCUAUGUUUCUUGUUUUGUUCAAACGUAUCUUUAUAUAUUCAAAUCAUCAUGUAUUGAGUCAUUCUUAAGUUUACUUAACUUAGACCUACAUAGUGCUGCUAACUUAUUUUAAUCAUAUUUAUUUGGUGGAUUGCAAACAAGCGUUAAUCUAUGUCCACUCGCUUGGACAGUUGAUAAUUAUUCUUUAUCAAGUCCUUUUUAAUUUUGCUAAGUAAAAUUGUCGCGUGCGGCCUUUCAAUGUUGAGUUUGGUUAAACAUAGUUCCUAUAUAAUUAAAUUCUUUAGUAUAAAAAUAACAGGUAUUUCAAAUAUCUCCAGUUUCGUAAAUUAUUGAUGGUUAAAAAAUGACACCGGCAAUGUUUUAUGGAAUUAUAAUUAUCUUCUCCUUAUGUUCGUCAGCUAGCCUUAAGUUGUAUCUUUACUUCUAUUUUUAUAUUAAUCAAAAGGUGUGGUUAGAAUACUGUGACGUGAAGAAAUAAA